UUCACAUAGUAGCAGCGCCAGCCAUGGAGAAAAACAAAACCUAAUUUACCAAACUCUCACACAAACAUUUUCCUUUCUUUUCUCCAUUUCUAACAUCUUUCCUCUCUCUCUUCUCUCAAUUUCCUCUCCAGAUUCUCCUCCAAUUCACUGCAAUGUACUCAAUUUCAUCACUCAUCCACUACUAUGCCUGAGGAUAUUCCUAACAUGAAGGACUCUUGGUUUUUUGACAAGAAUUUUAAUGGGUUGUCGGAUGAGAUUUUCGACGAGCUUCAUUUUUUCGAUUUUCCGUUAGAAGAUGUUGAGACUAAUCCUGUUGAAGAAGAUUGGAGUGCUCGAUUUCAAAGCAUUGAUGAGCCGUGUUUUGAUGCUUUUUCAGUGACACCAGUGGGAUUGUGUGGCAAAACUAAAAAUGAAAAUCCCCAAGUUGGGAAUGGCUUCUCUGCUGCUCCUUGUAACGAAAUUUCCUCAAUAAAAGAAGUGGCAAAGACUGUUGAACCAACAUAUGGAAAAACUAUUCCCAACCAGGAUGCCUUAUAUGGAAAAACUAUACCCAACCAGGAUGCCUCUUUCUAUGAAAAGAAAGUUUUGCUUCAAUACAGCCCAGUUUCUGUUUUCGAAGGCAGUAGUGGUGCUUCCUCAGUUGAGAAUUCCACCUUUGACCUGCCCGUCUUCCCAGUAAAGCGCCCUCGAAGUAAACGCCGGCGUCCCUCAAAGUCAAAUCCUGUAUUUUCAUUUUCUUUCAUACCUAAUUCACCGACAUUGCAAAAACAUUAUAAAACACCUGUCUCUAAGAAACAGAGAAAAAAGGACGUCUACGUGCCCUCAGGCGAUGCUGAUACGGGAUCUCAAGAGUCAGUUACCUUCAGAAAAUGCACGCAUUGCGAGAUCACAAAGACUCCACAAUGGAGAGAGGGACCCAACGGUCCCAAAACGCUCUGCAAUGCUUGUGGUGUUCGGUACAGGUCUGGCCGCCUCUAUCCCGAAUACCGUCCAGCAAACAGCCCCACUUUUGUAGAAUCAGUUCACUCAAACUGUCACAAGAAGGUUCUCGAGAUGCGAGGCGGCGGUGUCAUCAAAGGAGGUGCUAGAAGCUGUUCUACGUCGCUGCCAUCAACUCUUCCUGGAAACUCGGUAGGACAGCAUUAUCAUGGAACUUAUUGAAGACCAAAUGGUACUAUACUAGUACCAGACAUGAUCCUAUUUUGUCUAUUGUUAUAUUACUUAGCAACAUUUGUUAAAUUAAUGUAAAUUGAUUGUUAAAAUAAACUAGUAGUUGCAGCAGAUCAGUGAUUAGUCCUUUUGUUAGGCAUUGAGGAAACAAUGUGUUGAAAAGUUGGAGAGGUUGAGAAAGGUAUGUUAAUGUAGAAAUGUCUAAUUGGAUGGAUGGCAUGACAUGGCAUGUCAUGGCAUGACAUGGAAGUAAGGUUAUUUAUAUUAUGGCUGAAGUAGAGACAGGAAUCCUUUGCAUUACUUGCUGCAUGUGCUAUGAGGACAUGAAGUCAAAGGCAAGGACAAUGUCUCACAUGUAUUGUAACAUGGCACAGAGAAAUUAUAGUGGAAAAGCACAUGCAUUGCUAUUCCAUAUGCUGGAAUAAUGUCUUUCCAGAUUACAGAUAGCUUCAACUUGGGUUUUGUUAUUUACCCUUUAUAAACAGAUUAUUAGAAUUUGUAUUUUAGUUUGAACUAUAGUUCGUUUUACAAGGAUAUUAUCUGUAUUUUUGUUAUGAUUUUAAUGUGUAUUUUGUACUUUAUAUUUUAUACAUUUUUAAUAUUUUUUGUUUU